AUGACACCGGCGCAUUGGCCCCCAAUUAAGUUGUCCGAAGCUACAAAAUAUCCCGCUAGCCAACUGUCUGGUCCCCUUGCCUUGCCUCCAAAGUGGAAAUGUAAAUCCGAGCCGAGUUGUUUUUGGCCUUCAACAUCGCUUCCAAGCCACCAUGGAAGCGAAGUUCAAGCUCUUGUCCUGAGAGAGCUACAUCUCGGUUCGCUGCUUGCAAACUUGUAUAUGGAGACAUCAUCGGAAACUGAAUUCCAUGGUUCCGCCGCUGAACACCAUCAGACAUCUCCGCUGCUGGGGAAUGGUGAGGAUUUAGCUCCAUAG